CCUCCAGAGAUCCUUCCAGUUCAUCAGGACGAAGUUCCUUCCGCCGCAGGACAACGAGAAACAGUGCUAUCUCGGACUAUCUCGAACCGCUUGACACAUUCUGGAAACAUCCCGAUAUCUUGAAUUCCGAAUAAAUAUUUAAAAAAAUCGACGGCGAAAGAUCUGGAAUCAUGAACGGCGUUUCGAGCGCGAAGUUGAAGCUGUACGAUGGCGAGGAUGACAAUUCGAUAAUGAUAAAAAAGCCCUUGCCAUUGAGAACGGUUUCGUGGAGCGACAACAUUGAGGAAACCGACCUGGACGUCCCUGGAACGCCUAGAACACCCAGGACAUCCACGACGAAAGGCCACGAGAAAUGCAUGUUCCAUCACGAUUUGGAGCUGGACCAUCGACCACCCACACGGGAGGCAAUGAUACCGGAAAUGUCCCGAAGUUACAAGCUGCUCCUCAGCUCGCUGGGCGAAGACCCGGAACGACAGGGUCUUCUGAAAACGCCGGAACGCGCCGCGAAGGCCAUGCUCUUUUUUACGAAAGGAUACGACCAGAGUCUCGAAGAUGUAAUUAACGACGCGGUAUUCGACGAGGACCAUGAUGAGAUGGUAGUGGUAAAAGACAUCGAGAUGUUCUCCAUGUGCGAGCACCAUUUGGUCCCGUUCUACGGCAAGGUGUCGAUCGGGUACCUCCCGUGCAAAAAAAUACUAGGUCUCAGCAAGCUUGCCAGAAUCGUGGAGAUCUUCAGCAGACGGCUCCAGGUGCAGGAGCGACUCACGAAGCAAAUUGCGAUAGCGGUCACGAAAGCUGUACAACCUGCCGGCGUCGCCGUCGUGGUUGAGGGAGUGCACAUGUGCAUGGUGAUGCGGGGCGUGCAGAAGAUCAACAGCAAGACAGUGACCUCGACGAUGCUAGGCGUGUUCCGGGACGACCCGAAGACCCGCGAGGAGUUCCUGAAUCUGGUCCACAACAAGUAAACGGUCGAGUCGCGUCGCGGUGUCAUUAAUCGUCGGCCGUGGGACCACUAGAUUUGACAACGGAUGACACCCCGACCGCGCUCUCCGAUUCCAUUCGAUCGCUACCUCGUUUCGAAGCUCUCGCCCGCAGGGCUUCGGAAUCAUCGUCGUCGCCGCCACCGCGAAAGUCCAAACGUUUCGUUUGUGCCCUCCUGAAAAAAAAAAA